AUGAACAAACCUUUACGAACCCAACACCCCUUAUUUAAAAUUGCAAAUAAUGCACUAGUAGAUCUUCCAGCCCCAAUUAAUAUUUCAGCAUGAUGAAAUUUCGGGUCAUUACUAGGUCUAUGUUUAAUCAUUCAAAUUCUAACAGGAUUAUUUUUAGCUAUACAUUAUACUGCAGACAUCAACUUAGCAUUCAAUAGUGUAAAUCACAUUUGCCGUGAUGUAAAUUAUGGAUGAUUAUUACGAACUCUUCACGCCAACGGUGCAUCAUUUUUCUUCAUUUGUAUUUACCUACAUGUUGGACGUGGGAUCUACUACGGAUCUUAUUUAUUCACUCCUACCUGAUUAGUAGGAGUACUAAUUUUAUUCCUAGUGAUAGCAACAGCAUUCAUAGGAUACGUAUUACCCUGAGGUCAAAUAUCUUUUUGAGGUGCCACAGUUAUUACUAACUUAUUAUCGGCUAUCCCCUAUUUAGGAAUUGAUUUAGUUCAAUGGGUAUGAGGAGGAUUCGCUGUAGAUAAUGCCACACUUACACGAUUCUUUACAUUCCACUUCAUCUUGCCGUUUAUUGUACUAGCAAUAACCUUAAUUCAUUUAUUAUUCCUCCAUCAAACAGGAUCUAAUAACCCCAUCGGACUAAAUUCUAAUAUUGAUAAAAUUCCCUUCCACCCCUACUUCUCAUACAAGGAUAUUGUAGGAUUUGUUAUUAUAAUCGCUGCACUAAUUCUAUUAACACUAAUUAAUCCCUAUUUAUUAGGAGAUCCAGAUAAUUUCAUUCCUGCCAACCCAUUAGUUACCCCAGUGCAUAUCCAACCAGAAUGAUACUUCCUAUUUGCUUAUGCAAUUCUACGAUCUAUUCCAAAUAAACUUGGAGGGGUAAUUGCCCUAGUCCUCUCAAUUGCCAUUUUAGCAAUUCUUCCAUUCUAUCACUUAAGAAAAUUUCGAGGUAUCCAAUUCUACCCUAUUAACAAAAUCUUAUUUUGAACUAUAGUUGUCACAGUAAUUUUAUUAACAUGAAUUGGAGCACGACCAGUAGAAGAACCUUAUGUAUUAGUAGGACAAAUCUUAACUGUAAUUUACUUCUUGUAUUACAUCAUUAACCCAUUAGUAAAUAAAUGAUGAGACAAUUUAAUUAAUU